CCUUUUUCAGUAUCCCUAGCUCAGCGUCAGCCUAUGUGCUCUUAUUCACUUCGCCUCACUAAAAAGCCCGACUCUGUCCUGCCUACCAGAUUCAGCGAGCUCUACUGCCCGAGAAUAGCACCUUAAGCAUAUUUGCCUAGACAGACCACUCAAACUUCUAUCUCCCGGUGCACUACAGCAUAUAAUAUUAGGCAAGCUCCUCAAGCUUUGUCUGGUCAGACGGAGUACAGCAAGAUGGCCCACCAUCACGAAGAUACAUCAUCACCUGCCAGCAAAAGAAAGCUGCCUGGCAGAUCUCCAUCUCGAGCUCAAGACCAUUCUCGAAGACGAACUCAACGCGUCCAGGAGCGCGACGGAAGACUACGUCCGCCAUACGACGCCAACGCGCCGUCCUUGCGUCAGCCACUGCCUACUCAAUAUAGCACAGAGUCCCAACGUGCCAGAAAGAAAAGGUUAAAGCGAGUUCGGACAGGAGCAUCUCGACGUGCUGCUCGAGAGCGCCGUGGCGUAGCAGCUACAGAAGUAAAAAAAGAUGUCGACCGUAACGUUAGGGAUUCCAUGUCGUUAGACACUACCUUGAACGCGCCCGCCAGUCUUGGCAACGGUCAGCAGCCGAAAGAAGUCAAGAUCAAUCCUAACAACAUUCCGCUUGGACCUAACCUACGACUCCAGCACGACGAACCCGUUAAUAUCAUAGAAACGAGUCCAUUACCUGUUCGACUGAGAAGAGAGCGAUUUUCGUGGACGUUGGGAGAUAUUGGGAUGGCUCCCGCGACGCUGACAGCGGCAGAGAAUGGCGAUGGGCCGCCUGUGGGACCACAUCCAUCAUUCAUCGAGGUCGCGAAGCCAUAUAUCUUUGAGCAAAGGCUGCAGCAAUGUAUGAGCCUAUUGGGAAAGGCAGAGUCGACUGAAGUGACGGUCCGGUUGCAGGGCGUGAGGUGGAUAGAUGAUGUGCGGAGAGCAUUAUCUUUACCUAUACGUGCAUUCAACACCGCGGUGGUCUAUUACCACAAAUUUAGACUGCAGCAUGCGGACAGGGACUUUAACUACUUAGACGCCGCCGCCGCAGCACUUUUCACAGCAUGCAAAAUCGAGGACACGCUCAAAAAGUCCAGAGAAAUCCUCUGUGCGGCAUUCAAUCUCAAGAUAACUGGCACCACGACUGACCAACUCAGCCCUGAUGACCCUAUGUUCGAGCACCACUCCAAGGCCAUCAUCGGCCUCGAACGUCUCAUGCUCGAAGGCGCCAGCUUCGACUUCCGUAACCGCCACCCGCAACGCAUCGUCAUCAAGCUCGUACGUAUAUGCGGCCUGCCCAAAGCGCCCGUCGGUACACACGCUUACAACAUCUGCGCCGACUUGUACCGCACCUUUGCGCCGCUGAAGCAAACGACAUCGACCAUGGCUAUUGCAUGUGUCGAACUCGCCGUAAGGCUGUGCAACGCGGAUAUCGAAGCCGUAAGUGACGAGCGAGGGAUCGAUUAUAGUCGAUGGCAAACGACGCGGGCAGAAGUCAUGGAAACAAUGCUCGACCUGCUCGAUCUGUACACGCACCACCGCGGCGCCACCGUCAUCGGGCCCUCCCACCCGGUCGAGACUUUCAUAAGCAUCCGCAUCACGCUCAACCAGGAAUCCACCACGAAAUCCCUCCCACGAUACACCCCGCACCACGAUCACCCAGAUCCCAAAUCCACUAAACGCUCGCCUCCAACAGGCCCCAAAGCAGUUUCCAACGGCACAAAACACUUCAACAACGGCACUACAGCGCCCGCCAGCCCGGCGACGCCUGGCACGACUACGACUGCGAGUCCAGCACAGGGUGUGGUGCCUAAUAGCACAGGCGUCCGGGGGACGAGUGGGACGGUGCGGUUCAUGCUAGGCCCGGUUCGGGCGCGCGACGAAAGGGAGAUGGUAGAGCGGUAUUUCCGCGUCGAAGAGGAAGAGUAUGUUGUUGAGGUGCCAGUGAGCAGUAGCGAUCGGGACGGAGAGCGAGAUCGUGAGCGUGAGCGAGAACGAGAGCGAGAUCGCGAGCGGGAGAGAGAUAAGGAUAGAGAUAGAGAUAGAGGGAGUACGAGGGACAGGGGUGAUCGAAGGGACGACCGGUCCUCGAGGGGAAUGAGACGAUGAAAGACUCCUCCAAACAAUCAUAUAUUGCAUAUUAUACGCUAGUGAUCCCAGCUGCGGCAGUGUAUGCAUACGUUACAUACACGCGGCCCCUAUAUUACAUGCUCUGAAAAAAUCGCGCGCCAGGGAAUAUCUCACACCGAUCUUAUAUCGUAACGCUAGUGAGAGAAAUCAAGAAUUGAUAACAAAGAAAGAGGUAAUGAUUCGG